AUGAUCACCGCUUUCGCCGUUUUUGUGGCCGUAUUUUUUAAUCCAUUACUGAUUCAAGGUGCUGCUGUUUGUAAGGACUGCGACUCCUGUGUGGGACAGAAGGCAGUGAAGAAUAUCAGAAGCCAUCUCCAGAGUGCAAAGGACGUUUUGGAAAGACUCGAUACUACAAAAACUAAGUUCAAUGUCGGUCCCUGGAUCUCCUUUUUCCAGCUUGCAGACCUGUACGUUGGAACCAACAAAACGAAGAAAUCGGUGUGUCUGAGAAAUGGUUUGCAAUUAAUGCACAAUUUUUUGAUUGCGAGAUGGAAUGAAAAUGAAACAAAGGCAGAAAGGAAUAAAAAAAAAAUCGCUCAACCUGCAGAAGGUGAAAAUGGUACCAAACGUGCUAGACGCUUCGCUUGGAAUGUUGAAAGUGUUGUCAAAGUAUUGCUCUAUUUCUAA